CUGACAUCGUCAACAGCAUCUCGCGGAACUUUCGCAACCUACCCACAUCGCUCAUCAAACCACUCGCAUUAACGCACAGCUUUUGCUACCCAACCAAGCUUCUAUUCAGCCGUCAAUAUGUCUGCCCAGGAUCGCGUCCAGAACUAUAUCGGCCAGCUCGACCGUGAGCUGUCCAAGUACCCCGCCUUGAACAACAUCGAGAAGUCGACCAACGUUCCCAAGGCCUACGCCGUCAUCGGCGUUGCUUCCCUCUACUUCUUCCUGAUCAUCUUCAACUUGGGUGGUCAGCUCUUGACCAACUUUGCCGGCUUCGUCAUUCCCGGUUACUACUCCCUGAACGCCCUAUUCACCGCCAGCAAGCAGGAUGACACUCAGUGGUUGACAUACUGGGUCGUCUUUGCCUUCUUCACCGUUGCUGAGAGCCUUGUCAACGUUGUCUACUGGUUCCCCUUCUACUUCACCUUCAAGUUUGUUUUCCUGCUGUGGCUCGCUCUGCCCACCUUCCGUGGUGCUGAGGUUAUCUUCAACUCCUUCCUCUCCCCCAUGCUCGCCAAGCACUUCGCCGGUGCCUCCACCGCUUCCGGCCUCCGCGCUCAGGCUGGUAAGGCCGAGUAAGUGCGCCCUAGCGCCAGCUCAUCAAAUAGGUUGAUUGCCUUGAGAGAUCCGCCUUGGAAGAGUUAUACAGCUGGCCCGGCUUCAUCCCAGUGGUAAUCGCAAA